CGACAACAAUUAGCACGAAACUUUCUACAAAAAAAGAAUAUUAAAAAACGCAUAACAACAUCAUUUUUUCUACUAAACCCAACUGUAACUGAUUCUCUUCUAACCUGGCACUAUUUAUAAAGUGCCUUUUACAAUUUCUACACGUAAUACAACACUAAGUUUAAGCAAACGAUUAGGACUAGUACGACCCAGACAACGAGGCAGUGCCAGAAGAAAAAGAAGAGUCAAAGAUGUCCACACUAUCGCUGCGCAUACAGCUGGAAGGUGGUCGAGUGACCAAGACCAUACAAUUCCAACCAAAUACGACAGUCUUCGAUGCCUGUAAAAUUAUACGCGAUAAAUUUGCCGAAGCCGUUCAGGGACAACCUAGCGAAUAUGGCCUCUUCAUUUCGGAUGAUCAGAAUCAGCAGGGCGUCUGGCUGGAAGCAGGUCGCACCUUGGGCUAUUAUAUACUGCAUAAUCAGGAUACGCUCGAGUAUCGACGCAAGUUGCGCACUCUACGUGUCCGCAUGCUGGAUGGCGCCGUGAAGACCAUACUGGUCGAUGAUACGCAGCCCGUGUCGCAGCUGAUGGUUGUCAUCUGUACCAAGAUUGGCAUUACCAAUCACGAGGAGUAUGGCCUCGUGCGUGAGGAUAAUGAGGCCCAAAACGAAAACUUGCCGGACAACAAAUUCGGCACGCUUACGCUCAAGCGCAAGUUUACGGAAAAGGAUCGGGAUGCGAAAAUGGAAAGUUUGCGCAAGAAACUCAAAACCGAUGAUGAAAUGAAUUGGGUUGAUGUGGGUCGCACUCUGCGCGAACAGGGCAUCGAUGAGUCGGAGACGGUGCUGUUGCGACGUCGCUUCUUCUUCUCGGACCAGAACAUUGACUCUCGUGAUCCUGUCCAGUUGAAUUUACUCUACGUGCAGGCCAGAGAUGCCAUUCUCGAUGGCACACAUCCUGUUACACAGGACAAGGCUUGCGAAUUCGCUGGCAUUCAGGUGCACAUACAAUUUGGUCCGCAUAACGAGGCCAAGCAUAAACCCGGCUUUUUGGACCUGAAGGACUUUUUGCCGCAAUCGUAUGUGCGUGUCAAGAACAUUGAGAAGAAGAUCUUUUCGGAGCACAAAAGGCACUCGGAACUAUCGGAAAUCGAUGCCAAAGUCCUGUAUACGAAGACGGCUCGGGAGCUGCCCACUUAUGGCGUCACCUUCUUUCUGGUCAAGGAGAAGAUGAAUGGCAAGAACAAGCUAGUGCCGCGUCUAUUGGGCGUUACCAAAGACUCUGUGCUGCGUUUGGACGAGCGCACCAAGGAGAUUCUAAUCUCGUGGCCACUGACCACAGUGCGUCGCUGGGGCGCAUCCCCGAAUACGUUCACCCUGGACUUUGGCGACUAUGCGAACCAAUACUAUUCGGUGCAAACGACCGAAGCCGAGCAGAUUGUGCAGCUCAUUGCUGGCUACAUCGAUAUCAUACUGAAGAAGAAACGCACCAAGGAUCACUUUGGCAUCGAGGGUGACGAGGGAUCCACCAUGGUGGAGGAGUCUGUGGCGCCAUCCAAGGCCACCUUCUUGCAACACGAAACGAAUCGUGUGGAGAAGCUCAACUUGGAAAGUUUGGCGCAUCCCGGCGUAAUGCGGCCCUAUGACGGUGAACGCACCUUCACCCAGAACGAAGUGCAGACCGUGCAGUAUGGCGCCUUUGUCGGCCAGGUCAACCAUGCGCAUCAGCCGCCAACGUCUAAUGAAGUUCGCAUUACUUCUGUGAAUCUGACGGAGCCGCAGCGAGCGCUGCAUGGUUAUAUCUCCGCUGGUCAGGAUGUCUUAAUACGCGCCGACGAGGAGCUGCGCACCAAGGCACCCAUUCAGGAGCUGGGCAGCGAUUUGCGUUCAAUCGAAUGGCGCGAGAAUACACUGGACACCUCCAAGCAGGCGGUAAGCUCGCAUGUGGCCACAAUGAGCGCUGCGACCGCUCAGAUCAUUACCGCCUCGCAUCCGGAUGAAGUGGAUACGGAAGCCAUCUCCGCAUCUGUAUCGCAAAUUGCCCAAACCAUACCCGAGGUCACCAAGGAGGUGCGUCUAAUUGCCGCCCUCAUGGAGAACGACACGAACGGCGAUCAAUUGCUGGAGGCAGCUCGCAAUCUGUGCAAUGCUUUCAGUGAUCUACUCAAGGCUGCCGAGCCGGAGAGCAAGGAACCGCCACAGCAUCUCAUCAAUGCGGCCAGCCGUGUGGGUGAAGCCACCACUCACGUGCUGAGCACCAUUGCCGAGGAGGAGGCACCCGAGAGUCGUGAUCUCCACGACAUGCUCCUCGCCCUGGCCAAGGCGGUGGCAAAUACCACAGCUGCCUUGGUGCUGCGUGCCAAGAAUAUUGCCGCCAGCUGUGAGGAUGAUGAGGCACGCAAUCGUGUCAUUGGAGCAGCUAGCCAAUGUGCCCUGGCCACCAGUCAGUUGGUGGCAUGCGCCAAGGUAGUUGCACCCACUCUACACAAUGCUGCCUGCCGGGAACAAUUGGAGGCGGCGGCCAGAAAUGUGGCCCGAGCUGUGAACUCACUGUGCCAGGUGUGCAACGAGGCGAGCAAUGAUCCCAAGCUGAAGGCCGAUCUCCUCGAUGCGGCACGUGAUGUGUCCAAGAGUCUGAUGGAGAUGCUGGAGCAUGUGAAGCUGAGUACACGCGAGCAUGCGAAUCGCACCAGUCAGGAGCUGAGUCCCGUCGAGAAUGUCAUCAUUGGCACCGACAUUCUCGUGUCCACCAACGAUCCCCAGGAAAUGGUGCGUCAUGCCCGCACCUUGGGCCAAACAACUGCCCAGCUUAUACAGAGCAUUAAGGGUGAGGCCGAUCAGCAGGAGGAUGCGGAUAUGCAGCGACGUUUGCUGUCGGCAGCCAAGCAGCUGGCCGAUGCUACCACCAAGCUGGUGGAGGCGGCACGCCUCUGCUCCUCCAAUCCCCACGACUCGGACAAUCAGAACGCAUUGCGACGCGCCGCCGAGGAGCUGCGCGAGAUUACCACCAGCGCUGCCAAUACUCCUGCGAUGAAGCGCAACCUUAUUCAGCGCUUGGAGUUUUGCUCCAAGCAGGCAGCAACGGCGGCCACCCAGUGCAUCUCGGCUGCCCAGAAUGCGGUGCAGCACAGUCAGGAUCAUCAGACGAAGGAGUCGCUGCUGCAGGAUUGCAAGCGUGUCGCGGACACCAUACCACGUCUGGUCACCUCUGUGAAGACGACGCACGCCCAACCGGACGAUGCUCAUGCGCAGCUCAAUCUUAUCGAGGCCGCGGAGCAGUUUAUCGAGCCCGCUCUCCAGGUGUCCAAAUCGUCGCGUGCUUUGCAGCCCACCGUCACCGAUAUACCGGCGGCAACGCAGCUCUCGAAGAGCGCUCUACACCUCGGUCAGAGCGUUUCCGAGUUGCAUUCGGUGGCGCAACGCACUCGCGAUGCUUGCGGCGGACAGGAGUUGGAGUCUGCCUUGGAGGCGGUGCGUAAGCUGCAUCAUGUGCUGGAUGAUACACGCCAGGCUGCUUUGGCGGGUCAACUGCGUCCUUUGCCCGGAGAUACGGUGGAGAACACCGCCGACGAUCUGCGCAAGUCGGCCAAGAAUGUGGGCAUUGCCUUGAGCCAGUUGCUCAGCUCAGUGCUGCAGGGACAACGCAGCUAUGCAGGCGCAGCUGGACGAGACACUGCCCUGGCAUUGGGUGACUUUACCAAGAGUGUGCACGGCGUGGCGGCGACCACCCAGAAUCCAGUGAUCAUUGAUUGCGCCGACGAUGUGGUGACCAGUUCGGCUCAGCUCAUCGAGCAGGCGCAACGCACACUGCAGGGUGUCUCCGAUCCGAUUGCGCUCACCCAAGCUGGCCGGGAUGUGACGAGUGCCCUCUCCCGCACCGUGGACUGCAUACCCGGACAACGGGAGGUGGAUGCGGCACUGCGUAAUGUCAGCGAUCUCAGCGAGAUAUUGUCGGUCAGUGAAUUCCCACCCUCGAAUCGACCCUAUGCCGAGCUGCAAUCGGAGUUGAAGCAGGUCGCCGAGCAGUUGAGCAGCGCCGGCGGACAGAUUGUGCAAUCCUAUGCAAGUCCCGCUCUGCUGGCGGAUAGCAGCCAAAAUUUUGCGGCCAACUAUCGGGAUCUGUUGUCGGUCAGUAUGCAAAUGGCCGGGCAAACGCAGACGGAUGAGCCCGUGCGCUCCCAGAUGAUCGAUAGCCUGCGCAAUGUGUCCACACAAUCGUGCUCACUGCUCUCCACUGCCAAGUCCAUUGCUGCCGAUCCCGGCCAGCCGAAUGCCAAAAAUCUGUUGCACGCAGCCGCACGCAGCGUGACAGAGAGCAUCAAUCAGCUGGUCGAUGCCAGCAUCCAAUCAGCGCCGGGCCAGAAGGAAUGCGACAAUGCUAUGCGCAACAUUGAGGCACUGCGUCUAAUGCUCGACUAUCCGCACGAGCCGAUCAAUGAGAUGGGCUACUUUGAUUGUGUGGAGCAGGCGACAUCGAAGUCCCGCAAUUUGGGCUAUGCCAUAUCCGAGAUGAUCAACAAUGCCAAACAGUCGCAGCACGUCGAGUUUAGCCAGUCGGUGAACAAUGUGAACGAUUCCAUUCAGGGACUCAUGGAGAGCUCCUCGCAGGCAGCGUAUCUGAUUGGUGUCUCGCAUCCGAGCAGUGUGGCCGGCCGGCCAGGCAUCAUUGAUAAGGCGCAGCUGACGUGGGCCUAUCAGGGUAUCCGUCAGCACUGCGACAUCGUGAGCAGCUCCCAGUCCGGCAAGCCGCAGAUGAUCUCCGCUUUGACAGUGAUUGCCAAGCACACGAGCUAUCUGUGCUCCAUUUGCCGACAGGCGAGCAUGAACACCAACAAUCCGGUGGCCAAGAAUGAGUUCAUUGUGCUGGCCAAGCGGGUGGCCACCGCCACCUCUGAUUUGGUACAGGAUAUCAAGGCCAUUGAGGAGCAGCCGACGGGUGGUAGCCGGGAUAGGCUCGUUGAGCCGCUGCUGGAGGCUGUCAAGGCUGUCAGCCAGUAUGCCUCCAGUCCGGAAUUCAUCUCCAUACCGGCCAAGAUUUCGGCCGAGGGCCGCAAGGCACAGGAGCCCGUUAUUCAGGCCGGACGUGGAGUCAUCGAUGGUGUCGUUGAGAUGGUUAAAGCUGCCAAAUCUUUGGCUCUGUCACCGGAUAAUCCGCCAGUUUGGCAACAACUCUCCAUGCACUCUACACCCGUGUCGGAGUCCGUGAAACGCCUGGUGGACAACAUCCGCGACAAGGCGCCGGGACAGGCACAAUGUGAACAGGUUCUGCACACCCUGGGCACCUGCACCCGUGAAUUGGAUGGCUGUGCUUUGGCUGUCAACGCUCAAGGCCUGAGCCGGAGACGUGAUAACAAUCUGCAUGGUUUUAGUGGCCAAACUUUGAACUCUGCUGCCGAGCUGUUGGACAAGUUGGAACCCAUUCGUGUGGCUGGCAAGAACAAUGCCGAGCAGCUGGGACAUGCUGUCGGUGAGAUUUCGCGGUAUGUGGUGCCCAUGGUGAAUGGUGCCAUCGGUGCCUGCACCCACAUUGUGCACAGCCAGCAGCAGAUGUCGCUGAUCAAUCAGACCAAGUCGGUCGUCGAGAGCGCCACAACAUUGGUGCAAGCGGCCAAGGAUUCAGCGGGCAAUCCACGUGCCACACAGGCGCAUCCACGGCUAGACGAGGCCAUCGAUGGCACUCUGGAGGCCAUUCAGGAGCUGCAGCAAACUGUGGAGAAGAUCAACGCCGAAACGGGCAUUGUCACUGGCCUCAUGGAGCAAGUGAAUCGGGCCAUUACGCGGCUAACCGAUAAGCGUCAGUCGCUGCUGAAUGCCUCCUACUCGGACACAUUUGUUGACUACCAGACGCGCAUGGUGGCCACCGCCAAGGAGAUUGCUCGCCUCAGUAAUGAGAUGAACGCCAAGAGCAGCGUGGAGCCAGCUGCAUUGCCCCAACUUGCCGUGGAUAUGACCCAACACUAUCAGCUGCUCACCCAGGAUUCGGUGGGUGCCAGCACCACGACCACCUCACAGGAUGUGGCGAUGCGCAUACGCAGCACCGUCAUCGAUCUGGGACGAUCCGUCAGCUCCAUGAUCCAGUCAUCAGCGGGCGGCGCCAGUCCCAACGAUGCCAGUGCCCAGAAGGAGAUUGCUCGCAAUACACGCGAAGUAUCUGAGAAGGUGGCCCAGGUGUUGGCUGCCUUGCAGGCUGGCUCCCGUGGCACUCAGGCCUGCAUCAAUGCUGCCCACACCGUUUCGGGCAUCAUUGGGGAUUUGGACACCACCAUUAUGUUUGCCACAGCAGGUACACUGCACUCGGAUGGCGAUGGCAGCUUUGCUGAUCAUCGCGAGCACAUCUUACAAACGGCCAAAGCCCUUGUCGAGGACACCAAGGUGCUCGUAACGGGCGCCGCCGGCACUCAAGAUCAGCUGGCGAAUGCUGCACAAAAUGCCGUCUCCACCAUAACUCAACUUGCGGAGGCCGUCAAGCGUGGCGCCUGCUCUCUGGGCUCGUCGCAGCCUGAUUCGCAGGUUAUGGUCAUCAAUGCCGUCAAGGAUGUGGCCUCAGCUCUGGGCGAUUUGAUCAACUGCACCAAGUUGGCCUCAGGCAAACCCAUACACGAUCCCUCCAUGCAGGGCCUCAAAGAGAGCGCCAGGGUAAUGGUGCUGAACGUUUCCUCGCUCUUGAAGACCGUCAAGGCUGUGGAGGAUGAGCAUACGCGUGGCACACGCGCCAUGGAAGCCACUGUGGAGGCCAUCUCACAGGAGAUACGCGCGAUGCAGACACCACCACCCGUGGGCCACAUUCAGGUGGGACCCGAAGAUCUGAUACGCGUCACCAUGAAUGUGACAGCAGCAACUGCCAAGGCUGUCGCCGCUGGCACCUCCAAUCUGCAGGCUGAUAUUGUGGCGGCUGCGAAUUUGGGUCGUCGUGCCAUCUCCGAUAUGCUGAUUGUUUGUCGAGCAGUGGCCUGGAACUGUGCUGAGACCGAUGAGCUGCGUGUACGCACUCUGGAAGCUGGCACAGCUGUAGCCGAAUCCUAUCGGGAGCUGCUCAACGGCAUUCUGCAUAAUUGCAGUGCCGAUGAUCGCAUGCAUCUAUCUCGUCGCGUGGCCAAGUGCGUCACAGAUCUGGUGGCCAUGGCACGCCUGCUGAAGGGCUCCGACUGGAUUGAUCCCGAGGAUCCCACAGUGAUUGCCGAGAAUGAGCUGCUGGGCGCUGCUGCCUCCAUUGAUGCAGCGGCCAAGAAGUUGGCAUCGUUGCGACCACGUCGCCAGGCGGAUGUUACGAUCGAGCUGGAUGAGAACAUGAAGUUCGAUGAGAUGAUACUGGAGGCGGCCAAGGGCAUUAUGGCUGCUUCAGCUGCUCUCGUCCGCGCUGCCAAUGCCGCUCAGCGGGAGCUCAUUGAUCAAGGCAAAGUGGCCCGUCGUCCGCUGACCAGCUCCGAUGAUGGUCAGUGGUCGGAGGGUCUCAUUUCGGCUGCACGUCUGGUGGCUGCAGCCACUCACAGUUUGGUGGAGGCUGCCCAGAAUCUGGUGCGUGGCGUCGGCACCGAAGAGAUGCUCAUCUCGACGGCCAAACAGGUGGCUGCGUCCACGGCACAAUUGCUGAUUGCAUGCAAGGUGAAAUCUAAUCCCAAUUCGGAGGCAGGUCGUCGCCUGCAGGCAGCCGGCAAUGCGGUCAUCAAAUCCACCGACAAUCUGGUGCAUGCCGCCCAACAGGGUCUCGAGGAUGAGGAGGAGCACUCGCUGAAGAUCAACACAUCCAUGGUGGAUGGCAUGGCGCAGGAGAUUAACGCACGCUCCGCAGUGCUGCGCAAGGAGAAGGAACUGGAGGAGGCGCGUCAGCGUCUCAAGCAUGUGCGACAGGCGCAACGCUAUGCCAAGAAUACCCAAGGCUUCACCACCGACGAGAGCGACACCGAAUACGCCUACAGCACACUCAAUCGAAGCCAGAACAAUAUUGUGGGUCGCGGCGCAGUCUACUACGGCUCCCAGUCGGGUGAUUUGCCAAGCUCGCCAAGCUUUUAUACUGGCUCCGGUCCGAACAGUCAACAGAAGCACCAUUAUAAUUAUGCAAGCCCACAGCCACAGCAUUUCCAUCAUCCGGGUGCCGUAUCACCACCGCCUGCAAAUUAUGCGAAUAUGGAUGAUGCAAAUGGAGAUUUUCCGCCACCACCGCCGCCGUUGUCCACGACCAUUUCUAACAUGCAAACUGCGACAUCGAGUCACAGUUUUCGCUCUAAUCCCAAACUAACCGCCAAUGCAGUGCCACGCCCCUAUCCUGGCAGCCCAGUUGCGGGUGCGGGCAGCAAUGGCUUCACAACCACAACCACCACAACAAUGGGAGCGGGCACACCCACUAACGCCAAUUACCAGCAGCAUAGCUUUGAAACGUCCAGCCUUAAAACGCAGAGUUCAGCACCAGUUGUGCCACCACCACCGCCACAGAAGCCCACCGGCAAUCGCAAUCUGGAUGCAUGUGUGCAGGAUCUGAAUGAGAAGACCUUUGGCCAGGGCGGCGUGGUGCAGUUAACCAGCGGCAACAAUGCAUAUCCCGGACAGAACUACGAGGGUUACACAUCCAGCAGAUACGAGACGCGAAACUUUGACAAGUCGGCUAACACCAGCAGCGGCGGCAGUGAAUUGGGUCAAGUCAAACCGCUGGAAUCGAGCUUCUCGCAGAUGACUCUCAACACGGAUGGCGGCAAGAUUAGCUAUGUGGAUCAGGGUAGCGAACGUCUCACCUCAAUGACACAGCGCGUCAUGGAGCGCAAAUCGUUUACAACCACAACGGAAUCGCGAUCGGAAACGAAAACGGAGAAGCACAGUUUUCGCCUGGAAUAAAGCAUAAAGUGUUUGCAGCCCAAACGAAAUGAAGAUGUUUGCCAAAUGUGCUUUUAACAUUUACACACAUACUAAUAGUAAUAAUUUAACAUUUAAAUAUAAUUAGCCACUAGCGUUAGUAUGUCUAUAUAUUACCCACACGCCCUAACUGUAACGUAAUAAUCGCUUUUCAUUUCGAUUUCGAUUUCUCUGUUCUUGUUUUAAGAUAUUCUUGUGUAUAUUCUUUUGUUGUGAGCUUUUUUUCUAUGUGUACGUGUUAAUCUGCCAAUUUAUUGCCAAUCUAUAUCCGUCAAAAUCGCCGCUUUGGCACGUAUACAUCAAACCCGAACAUAAUGCAUAAACAACACAUUUGUACUAAUCAGACGAAACAUAAGAUAAAUCAAAAAACAGCACAAUAACCCGUAACCGUAACAAUAUAAAAUCAAUUUGGGUUCAUCGAUUUAUUGUUAGAUCAAUGCAAUUUAUUACCGUGCACCUAAACACUAAAUAUACAAAACAUAUAUAAAAACGAAAAAUUAUAAUUAACGCCAUUUUAGUUAAUUCAGCGUCAAGUUGUGCGCGGAUAAAAAACAAUUUGUUGUUCACAUAACGUUUAGUUCAUAAAUCAUCUAUGUACGUAAACCUUGUUCUAUGUUCUUCUAUAUAAAAAAAGAUUUAUUUUCUCUGUAAUUUCGUUUUGUAUAUACAUACGAGUACAUAUGUGAGCCGUCGUGUAUACGUAAUUGCAUAUUUUAAUUGUGUAUUUUUUGUAAAUUAAUAAAAACAAUAUUUUAA